AUGUUCUUAAAAUCUAUUAAUAUUAGUAAUGUGGUUAAGGAUGCUAAACAAAUGUUUGAACUGUUAGAUUCUGUGAUUGAAGAAAUUGGGGAGGAUAAUGUCAUGCAAGUUGUGACAGAUGGUGCUACUAAUUUUGUGGCAGCAGGAAUGAUAAAAUAUUCUAAUGGAAAAGAAUUAGCUCAACCAGUAGUCACAAGAUUUGCAACUGCUUUGCUAACCCUUCAAUGUAUAGCACAAUAUAAAAAUGCUCUUCGAGGUAUGUUUGUUUCAAAAGAACGGACAACUAGUAAGCAUGCUAGUAAGACUGAAGGUAAACAAGUAGUGGGCAUUGUUUUAUCUGAUGAUAGAUUUUGGAAAUCUAUCCAAUAUUGCUUGAAGUGUGUCACUCCACUUGUGAAAUUACUAAGGCUUGUGGAUGGAGACUCAAAACCUACAAUGUCAUAUAUUUAUGAAGCUAUGGAUAGAGCUAAAGAGCAAACAACUACAAAUUUCAAGAAUGAAGAAUCUCGUUAUAUAAAGGUGUGGAAAAUAAUUGAUACUCGUUGGAAUUUAUUUCAUUAUGACAAAAACUUCAAUCUGGAUGAAGAGGUUUCAUAUGGUUUGUAUGAGACCCUAGAAAAAAUGAUCCUUGAUAGAAGGAUUAGAUUUAAACUUGAUCAACAACUUGAUAAAUUUAAGAAAGCCCAAGGAUUAUUUGGAAGAAGCAUGACAAUUGACACUAGGGAUAAGAAGCAACCUGCUCUUUGGUGGGAAAGUUAUGGUGUUGAGGGUAAAGAGUUGCAAAAUCUAGCAAUGAGGAUUUUAAGUCUCACUUGUAGUGCUAAUGAUGAUGAGUGGAUUACUGAAAAAGAGGAUCAUUGUCUAGCAAACAAUGUUUCAUGGAUGGAUAUACAUGAAUAUUUUACUCUUGAAGAGGGAGCUCCAAGCAAGAAAAGGAAAAAGGGUCCAAGAAACUUAAACAAAAGGGAAAAUAUACUACAACAACAAAUGAUGAUGGUUGAAGAAGUUGAGGAAGAGGAUGAAGAUGAAGAUGAGUUGCCACAGAAUGUUAUAUUAGAUGAAGAUGCUGAUCUAAGUGACAUUGAUCUUGGAGAUGAUGAAUGA